ACCGUCGGCUCACACUGCUGGCUUCGCUCAGAAUGCGACUCCUGUCUUCAAAAUCUCGUGGGUGCUGCUGCAUAGACUGGCUACAUUUACCUUCUUGAACAUGGCGUCCAAAACACCCUCAAUGCGCGUAUUGUCACGGUACCUGCUCCGUCCUCAAGCGUCACUCCAUCCCCGCUGUCAACAUCGAGCCCAGAGUAAACAGUACUCUGCAGGAGCAGCUGGCGCACGCCUCAAUGGCACCGUGGAAUACGAUACAAUACCAAUACUCCAUCACACUGCUAAAUCUACUCUGUCAAACCCAGAACUACCUGCAGACAUACGCAAAGGGCAAACUAAGCGCAUAAACCUCUAUACCGCAGUCAACGAGGCGCUACGGUAUGCCUUGCAGACCGACGAAAGAGUGCUUGUAUUUGGAGAGGACAUACAAUUUGGCGGCGUCUUCCGAUGCACCAUGAACCUAGCCGCAGACUUCGGCACCGAACGCGUCUUCAACACCCCUCUGAGCGAACAAGGCCUGGUGGGAUUCGCCAUAGGAGCCGCUGCAGAGGGCAUGAAGCCAGUCGCAGAAGUGCAAUUUGCAGAUUACGUCUUUCCCGCAUUUGACCAGAUCCACAACGAGGCAGCCAAGUAUAGGUACAGAUCAGGAAGCACCGGUGUACACUGUGGUGGGCUCGUGAUACGCAUGCCAACGGGGAGUGUGGGACACGGUGCUCUAUACCACACCCAGUCCCCAGAAGCCCUCUUUACCCACACUCCCGGCCUACGCGUCGUGAUACCCCGCUCACCCGUCCAAGCCAAAGGCCUCCUCCUCUCCGCGAUCCGCAGCCAAGACCCCGUCCUCUUCAUGGAACCCAAAAUUCUCUACCGCGCUGCCGUCGAACACGUCCCCGUAGACGCCUUCUACCUUCCCCUCGACAAGGCCGAGGUCCUAAAACCCGGCAAGGACGUCACCAUCGUGUCCUACGGCACGCCACUAUACACGUGUUCGGCCGCGAUAGCAGCAGCAGAGAGGGACUUUGGAUGCAGUGUAGAGCUGAUUGAUUUGAGGACGAUAUACCCCUGGGACAGAGAGACAGUGCUGGAGAGUGUGAAGAAGACGGGCAGAGCUAUUGUUGUGCAUGAGAGCAUGAUGAAUGCGGGUGUUGGUGCUGAGGUGGCUGCGACGAUACAAGAGCGUGCUUUCCUGAGAUUAGAAGCGCCGGUUAAGAGGGUCACGGGGUGGGCAACGCAUACCGGUUUGAUGUAUGAGCAGUUCAUCAUACCUGAUGUCACGAGGGUUUACGACGCUAUUAAAAAGACUAUAGACUACUGAUGAGACGUGAAUCAAGCUUCAACUUAGUCUUCCCGCAGACUUUGUUCACUUUUGGCAUUAGAUACCCACACUGCACACGUCCUGCCUACUUGGAGACAUGCUUGAGCGCCAAGUUGUCGUAGACCCUUAUUUGCUUAAAAUCUGACUUCAGUCUCACCCACCGGUGGUUUCAAGC